AUGGCCACCGCCAGCCUCGCGCUCUCGCUGCGCCUCGCGCCGUCGUCGCGGCCGCUGAGCGUCCGCCGCCGGGGGAACGCCGUCGUCACCUGCCGCGCCACCACCGCCACGUUCCACCAGCUCGACGCCGUCGCGGUGAGGGAGCAGGAGUCCAAGUUCCGGACGGCGGCGGCGGAGGGCUGCAACCUCCUACCGCUCACGAGGUGCAUCUUCUCCGAUCACCUCACGCCGGUGCUCGCGUACCGCUGCCUCGUCAAGGAGGACGACCGCGAGGCGCCCAGCUUCCUCUUCGAGUCCGUCGAGCAGGGCUCCGAGGGCACCAAUGUGGGGAGGUACAGCGUGGUCGGGGCGCAGCCUGCCAUGGAGAUCGUGGCCAAGGCUAACCAUGUGACAGUGAUGGACCAUGAGAUGAAGUCGAGGAGGGAGCACUUCGUGCCUGAUCCGAUGAAGAUCCCCAGGACCAUCAUGGAGCAGUGGAACCCGCACAUUACUGACGGUCUCCCUGAUGCAUUUUGUGGAGGAUGGGUUGGAUUCUUCUCAUAUGAUACAGUACGUUAUGUUGAAACAAAGAAGCUUCCUUUUAGUAAGGCACCGCAUGACGAUAGGAACCUUCCUGACAUUCAUUUAGGCCUCUAUAGUGAUGUCAUUGUGUUUGAUCAUGUUGAAAAGAAAACACAUGUUAUUCAUUGGGUGAGGACGGACUGCUAUCAUUCUAUUGAUAAAGCAUAUGAAGAUGGAACGAAUCGACUUGAAUCUUUGUUAUCAAGAUUACAUUGCCUCAAUGUCCCAACGCUUUCUUCUGGUUCUAUAAAACUUAGUGUUGGAAACAUUGGCUCAGUAAUGCAAAAUUCAACGAUGUCAAAAGAAGAAUAUAAAAAUAUUGUUGUCCAAGCUAAAGAACACAUCUUGGCUGGUGACAUUUUUCAAGUAGUUCUAAGCCAACGUUUUGAGAGACGGACAUUCGCCGACCCCUUUGAAAUCUAUCGUGCAUUGCGCAUCGUAAAUCCUAGUCCAUAUAUGGCCUAUCUACAGGCACGGGGUUGUAUUCUCGUGGCAUCAAGUCCUGAAAUUCUUACUCGGGUGCAAAAGAGGACAGUAGUCAAUCGACCGCUUGCUGGAACCAUAAGAAGAGGCAAAACAAAAGCAGAAGACAAAGUUUUAGAACAAUUGCUUUUGAGUGAUGAAAAGCAGUGUGCUGAACAUAUUAUGCUAGUAGAUCUUGGCCGAAAUGAUGUUGGAAAGGUGUCCAAACCAGGUUCAGUAAAGGUGGAGAAAUUGAUGAAUAUUGAACGAUAUUCUCAUGUCAUGCACAUCAGCUCUACUGUCACUGGGGAGCUACGUGAUGAUCUUACGUGUUGGGAUGCACUACGAGCUGCAUUGCCGGUUGGAACAGUUAGUGGCGCUCCAAAGGUGAGAGCAAUGGAGUUGAUUGAUCAGCUAGAAGUGAAUAUGCGUGGGCCGUAUAGUGGUGGUUUUGGAGGAAUUUCAUUUUGCGGUGACAUGGACAUUGCACUCGCUCUUCGCACUAUCGUAUUCCCCACAACAUCUCGGUUUGACACCAUGUACUCCUACACAGACAAAAAGUCACGGCAGGAGUGGGUCGCUCACCUCCAGGCCGGAGCUGGCAUAGUUGCUGAUAGCAAACCAGAUGACGAGCACCAAGAGUGCCUAAACAAGGCUGCAGGUGUUGCUCGUGCCAUUGACCUUGCCGAAUCUACAUUUCUAGAAGAGUAG